GAAGAAAAUUGAGGGAGUUAAAAGUAAAGCAGAAGGGAAAAAAUAUGUAUUAGUUACUGUUGGAAGUAUAUAAGUUUGCAAAAGAAGGAAUGCUAAUAUAGCAUAGUUGAGGCGGUGGACAACAUUUUUCCAUUUCUUUUAUUUCUUUCUCCGCAAGUAAUGAAAUAGCUUCUAAAACACAUUUCUUAAUGGCUUUUAAAGUAAGCCUUCUCAAGUAUACAUGACUUUUUUCAAUACACUUCAAAUAUAAAUUAUUUGAAAUAACUAAACAAUUUUCCAACAACCUUCCCUAAAAUGUAGUGGUGGAUCAAGAACUUCAUUAAAUGGCUUCGUUGUUGUCUCGAGUUUAAGACAACAAUUGUUUCUGAUAUGAAACUGUGUAUAAGUUCAUGAUCUCAGAAACUUUUACUUUGUUUGUGAAUCAGGAUGCUUUGUACUUGGGACCCUCCAAAAAUGCUGCUGCUCCCUUGUCAGAUUAUCGGAGGAUCAGACACAUACCUGGCGGUAUUUUGGAAGAGACCGGGAAACAAAGUCAUGGUGGACCUACUCCUACCCUAAACAAAGCCAAGCAGCCAAGGUCAGCUGCUCGAAGAAGCAAAAAUAGUGUCUUGACGACUGUGAAGGGUAUACUCAACAAGCCGACUCCAGAGAAGUUUGAUCUCCUCAAAGAUCAAUUGAUUGGUUCAGGGAUAACUAGUGCUCGCGUUCUAAAGGGUGUUGUGUCAUCAAUUUUUGACAAGGCUAUAACGGAACCAACAUUCUGCCCAAUGUACGCUCAAUUGUGUUCCGAUCUCAAUGAAAACCAGCCACCAUUUCUCUCUGAUGGUAAAGAGAUUACGUUCAAAUGUGUUGUAUGGAAUAACUGUCAGGAGGCUUUUGAACGUGCUGACAAAUUUCGAGAAGAGGUCAGGCAAAUGACAGCCCCUGAACACGAGUCAGAACGCAAGGACAAAGAAAGGUUAAUCAAAUUGCUCACUUUUAGGAGUACAAAGCUUAUCGGAGAGCUUGUUAAGCAAAAGUUGGUCCCUGGAAAGAUUGCUCUUGAUGUUCUUCAGGUUGGUUUAAUUUUUCCAAAUGUCUUUUUGUUCCAUGCUGUCAUUUCAUGCUUCGCUCAUUAUAUCUUCAACACCAUUGGCAAGCUGCUUGAUGAGAACAAAAAAUCAAGGCGCAUCAGCGAUAUUUACUCUGACUGGUUGAAGAAACUAUCAACAAACCCCCAGUUGGCUCCAUGGUUGUGGCUUAUGGUUCGUAAUGUACUGGAUUUGAGUGCCAAUAACUGGGCUCCUAGGCCAAUUUGAUCCUCUGAAAAGACUUGCCAUUUUGCUUCUAGCCAGCAUACAGGGACUUUCAGUCGUCAUCCUUUGCUCUUGUGCUAAAGGCUCUCUUACCACAGGUCGCCAUUCCAUCCUUUUUCGAAAGGGUAGAUGCUUUUCUCCUCAAUUUAUCGAGAUUUCAAGUUGACAUCUCGAACAUAAUCCUGUUGUUGGUAAUGGCCUUGGCGAAUGACUUGCCACUCUUUCCCAACUCUUUCUGUGGGUCAGACAACUUCCUUAAGUCAGCAGACAUCCUAUUGAUCUCUACUGCUCCCGCAAACGGUGAUGUCUCAAUUCCCAUUGAUCGCUCUGCUAUCCGGAACAAACCUUUGUCCAAGGUAGAAUCUUCAGUAUGUCAAGGCACAUAUAUGUGUCAAUACAGUUGCUCUUAUGUUGGCUAGGAAACUAUCUUGUACUUGUACGCAAGUUUGAGGAUCACGACCUAUUUGUUAUGGUUUGUAAGUUAACAUGCUAACUAGAGUACUAGACUUAGAAUAUAACAUGAAAAAUCAUACCAAUUUGUUGGCAAAAGGCGCGACAAAUAGACUAUUAAAUUGUGUGAUCAGUCAACUAUUGAAAGUAAAAAGAACAGAAGGAAAUUGAACAAAGCAUUCA